GGUGGUUCCGACAUCUUUUAUCGCUUAUUUUUGGUGGUUUGUGUUUUUGGUUGUAAGUGGUGAUUGUGAGUUGUUCUUGAGACGGUUUACUUGGGGCUGGAUGGUUCGAUUUCGAGUUAUGUUAUGGAUAUGUUUCAGACAUCAGCUCAUUCGGCGGUCUGUGAUGAAUUGAAGCACGGACAUGGGAUGAUGAUUCGGGAGGAACGGAACAAGGCAAUGAGAGUUGAAUCAGUGAAGCGAUGGUCCCGGUCGCACCAUCAUGCAAGUCCGGGAGUGGUGGCGGAGAUCCGGGUCGGGUAUCCACACCUGCCCGGACACGCAACUAUUUAAAUCUCCACCGCAACUUCACCACUUUCUCUCUUUCCUCUUUUUCUUUUCUUUCCUCAUACCCCCGACUGCUUUCCCUUCGGGGGUAUCGUCGUCCGCCUUCCACCAAAGCACAUCGACCAAAAAGUCAUCAUCAUGUCUCCCGCCAAAUGACUUUUCCAUCAUCAACCUCAAAACUCGAUGCGCUCAGGACGACCACAUCAUGUUUCCUCAGUUCCGCCAACCGGCACAUUUCCGCAAUGCGCCAGCUGGCGUCGAGCACCGAGUCGAAACACCCCAACCCGCGUUCCGCCCAGGGGUUGCGAACAGAGAACCAGUAAGCGGCGAAUCCGUUUCACAAACCCGAAAGCGUUUUGAGCGCCCCGUCGCUCCGCCUAGGGUUUGCGGUUGUCAGUAAGCGACAACACAUACCCAAAGCGUUGAAAGCGACAAUCGUUCCGCUAGGGUCGGUGUUCCCCGAUUUAUUUUUUUCCUGAUCUCAUUGCUUCCGGCCUCUGAGGAAGCCGG